AUGAACGUACUCUUACUCACAGCCUCCCUAGCUGUAAGCGCUAUCGGCGCCGCUGUAAAUUGCCAGCCCAGUGGUAACGCAGCGCCAAGCGUGAAUAAGACUACUUGUAAUGGUAUAGUUUAUGAGUAUGAGGAGCUUGCUGGCUACGGAUACGUUGUCUCCGAUGCGGUUGACAAAUUCGGUGACACGCUCGGCGGACUUGGCUCCUCUAUACAUCUAGAUUCGAGGGCUUGGAAGAAGCUUGGCAAUGGAAGUUACUCAGGCGUCCUGUGGUCGUUGCCUGAUCGUGGCUGGAACACUCAAGGAACACUCAACUUCAAUCCCCGAGUCCAUAAGUUCAGUAUUAUCUUUACGCCGAAGCCUGAUGCAACCGUGGACAACCCGUCUAGUCCAAACUUACACUUUGAGUAUCUAGACACGAUACUCUUCUCUGGACCUGACGGGACGCCUUGCACCGGGUUAGAUGCGGAUGCAACUGGACACAUAUCAUUCUCUGGCUUCCCCGAUCUUCCCGUUGCUACUUAUACGGGCGACGGCUUUGGUGGAGAUGGACCGGGUGGUAAACGUAUCCCUGUCGAUUCAGAGGGACUCUAUGUGAAUGAUGACUCUAGCUUUUGGGUGUCUGAUGAAUAUGGUCCUUAUAUAUAUCUGUUUGGCCCCGACGGCAAGAUGCUCAGCGCAAUUCGUCCCAAUGACGCGAUCGUACCGGUGCGCAACGGCGAAACUUCAUUCUCUGCUAAUAGUCCGCCAUAUUAUAUCGAUAAUGGCGAAGGAGAUGAUGUAGACCCGGCGGAUCCUGAUAGUGGCCGUGACAACAAUCAUGGUUUCGAGGGCCUCACUGUCUCAGAAGACGGUAAGUCGUUGUGGGUACUUCUGCAGGCCGCAACUGUCCAAGAUGGUGGCUUAGAGAAGCAAACCAUGCGGCAUACUAGGUUUCUCAAGUAUGAUGUUUCGAAUCGACUUGCACCAAUCUACGAGGGGGAAUGGGUUGUGCCUUUGCCUCUCUAUAAUGAUCCGACGGCGAAGAAGUCUAAGAAUCCAAAAGCAGCCGCACAGUCCGAGAUACACGCCCUCGAGAAUGGUCAGUUCUUCGUCCUGUCUAGAGACUCUGGCGCUGGCCACGGUGCCGAUAGCUCUCUUUCCGUCUAUCGCCAGCUUGAUGUCUUUGACAUUUCCGACGCCACGGAUAUCAAGGCAGCUGGAGGCUAUGAUUGUACCGACUGUAACGUUGCGAAGUCUAAGACUGGGAAGCUCAAGAAGAAGAUCACGGCAGCGAAAUAUUGCAGCUUCCUCGACUUCAACGUUAAUGCGCAGCUAAACCGAUUCGGCAUCCACAAUGGUGGUGACCAAGACCAAUAUCUACUGAAUGAGAAAUGGGAGUCCAUUGGAAAAGUUCCUGUCGAUCCUAGGGUCUCCAAUGGUGAAUUCUAUGUCUUUAGUCUAAGCGAUAACGACUUUAUCACUCAAAAAGGCUUUAUGAAUGGAGGCAAGCUUCCGUAUUCUGACGAGAGCGGCUAUAGUCUCGAUAGCCAAGCUCUGGUAUUCAAAGUACGGAUUUCAGCUUGAAAUGGAGUGCCAUGACUACCUAAUUGUUGUUAAUCGUAUAAUAUUAACAAUAGCAACAUAGACGGGCCACAGCCAUGUGAACCACUUCUAGUUGACUUUGUAGAAAUAGUAACGGAGCUUUCU